AUGGGCAGACUAAGCAGCCGUGAGUCAACGAAGCGGGCGGCACACUUUACCACUGCAGCGAGGCCGACAAUAGAAAACAAUCAGUUGCAGUUCCCAAGUGUACGUCAAAGAGUGGGAGGUGUUCGAGAAGGAGGAGGAGGAGGAGGCAUCCGACCCGCAGAAGCACAAGUAAAAGCGCCAAAUGAAGUGGAAAGUGCCGUCAUUGAGGAGCAGACGAAGCAAGUGUGGGAGGGUUUGCGGCUUAAUGGAAAUGAGUACGACAGUGACACUGAUGACACACAAAAGGAAAAUACAGCUAAGGGCAGCAGCAGCAGCAGCAGCAGCAACACUUUAAUGAGCCCAAAUAUGUUGCCAAUAUUGGAAAGACAAAACUUUGGCAGCAGCAGCAGUGGCAACCAAAAUGUGCUCGAUGAACAAUUACUGCGACUGCAGAACUAUAAUUUACUGUACAAUGCUGAGCGGCAGACGUACUUCCAAUUGCAUACUUACCCAAUGGCGUCUCUGCAGGGUCAGAGCCGUGUGCUGCCGCACGUGGUAAGCAACACGCUGAGCACGGCCUUUGGCCUCAAUUCAAACAGAGUGCUAGAUGCGACAGAUGUCAAAGUGGAAAAUGUGCAACUGUAUGAUGCACAGUCUCUGCGACAAACGCGCUUCAAUCCCUUCAAUCCCACUCGCAUAUUGAUCCACGGAUGGCUGGGAAAUGCACACGCCAACAUCUACAGCACUCUUCUGCCAGUUUACUCUGGCCGAGGUGGAGGAAACUACAACGUCUUUACAGUGGACUGGGGUCGUGGGGCCAUUGCGGAUUACAUCACAGCCAGUUACCGCGUGAAGUCAGUUGGCCAAGUGGUGGCCAAGUUUAUAGACUUUCUGCAUCGGGAGGCGGGCAUGGGGUUCGAGGAUUUGCAGCUGAUCGGCUUCAGCAUGGGAGCUCAUGUGGCGGGCAUUGCGGGCAAGCAUGUGCAGACUGGCCGUGUGCGAAUAAUCCGAGCACUGGAUCCUGCGUCGCCCUUCUUCCGCUACGCCCGGGAGGGAGAGCGAGUAGCCAGCGGUGAUGCCGACUAUGUGGAGGUCCUGCACACCAGUGUGGGCAGCUACGGCUUCGAUCUGCCACUGGGCCAUGCAGAUUUCUAUGCCAAUUGGGGCAGUCAACAGCCAGGUUGCUUCUGGAACGAGUGCAGCCACUGGCGUGCUUUUGCGCUCUUCGCCGAGAGUCUGGGGAGGCCGGAAGGAUCUAGUUUCGUGGCGCAGGGCUGCGACGCGUCUCUGUGGCAGGAGCUGUCGCACUACAGGCGGUGCAGCAACCACACCGGACGCAUGCUAAGCAUGGGCGGGGAUCUGGCUGAUGCAUCACUGGAGACGUUGGCGGCGCGUCGGGGUGUUUAUUAUUUUCAAACAAACGCCAAUGCGCCUUAUGGCCAGGGGGGAGUUGGGGCGAAUAUUGUAUAG